AGUUGAUUCAUCGUUGAAUUUUCAAUUUCUCCAAAGUUCACGUUGCAGAAGUACAGAUAAAACAGUUUGAGAAGUCGGAUGUUCAAAAUGUUUGGAUAAAAAUGCCGUCUUUGUGAUUUAAUUACUUCAUUUGGUUCGGCUUAAUCAGAAAACAUGCAAAUUUUCGUCAAGACGCUAACGGGUAAGACCAUCACCCUAGAGGUCGAACCUAGCGAUACGAUUGAAAAUGUGAAGGCUAAGAUUCAAGAUAAAGAAGGUAUCCCUCCUGACCAACAACGUUUGAUUUUCGCUGGUAAACAACUCGAAGAUGGAAGAACUCUUUCUGACUACAAUAUCCAAAAGGAAUCGACUCUGCAUUUAGUAUUACGAUUGAGAGGUGGUGCAAAAAAGCGUAAGAAGAAGAAUUACUCCACGCCGAAAAAAAUUAAACAUAAGAAGAAGAAGAUUAAGCUCGCUGUAUUGAAAUUCUACAAAGUCGAUGAAAACGGUAAGAUCUUCCGUCUGCGUCGAGAAUGCCCUCAAGAGCAUUGUGGAGCCGGAGUUUUCAUGGCUGCGAUGUCCGACAGACAUUAUUGUGGUAAAUGUGGGUUUACGUUAGUGUACGAUGGCGAUGAGAAAAAGUGAUUUUAUAAUGUUAAUAUUUUAAAAUAAACAUUUUUGAUGUA